UCUCUGUAGAGUGCGCUAGUUUGAACUUUAAAGAACGUGUAGAAAACUUACUGUCAAGUUCGUAUAUACGUUUAAUUUUCUUUUAAACAAGAUUUUAUCGCUAAAGAAUAAUUAUUUUCGUUGAACAUUACGUUGUUUAUUACUGAAUCAUAAGAGUACUCUAGUUAUUGAAAUAAAUAGCGCUGCGUUACUUUCAUUCAGAUUUAUUUCGAUAAAAAAGAAUUUGGGAAUACCAUUGAAAUGAGCGAUGCUCCAGGAUCGAAGAAAACAGGAGGUCAGAGUUCUAAUAAUCCCAAUCAAUACGAAUUCGAUGGACAAAGUUAUGUGUAUAUGGAUAAAACAACAAAUGUGAAAUACAAAUUUGAUCAAGUGAAAAACCAGUGGGUUCCUCAAGAUCAGAGUCAAAAUGAAUCAGGGAAAGAUGACGAAAAGAAAGAAGAGGCCAGUGGACCUGCGGUAGCAGCUCCAGGUGGAAUAUAUGGUUUUGAAAAUGAUACUCAUACAUAUACGGAUCCUAAUGAUGGUAGUGUUUAUAUUUGGGACAGAGAGAAGAAUGCAUGGUUUCCUAAAGUUGAUGAAGACUUUAUGGCUAGAUAUCAAAUGAGCUAUGGAUUUACUAAUUCUAAUGCCACAGAACCUUCACAGAAGAUACCAGAAAAUCCUGUACAACCUCUUCUUCAACCAAAGUUAACGAAAGAGCAAAAGAAAGCAGAAGCCAAAAGGAAAGCUCAGGAGCCACCUACUUGGUUUGAGAUAGAUGAAGCCCACAAUACUGCUAUCUAUGUUUCUGGAUUACCUAUGGACAUCACUUUGGAGGAACUUACAGAACUCUUCAAUAAAUGUGGUCUCAUUGCCAGGGAUGAGAAAGGCAAAGAUAAGAUCAAGUUGUAUAGAGAUUCUGCUGGGGAAUUGAAGGGUGAUGCUCUUUGUACGUACAUCAAGGUGGAAUCCGUUGACUUAGCAUUGAAAAUUCUGGACGGUUGGCAGAUAAGAGGAAAAACAUUAUCGGUGCAAAGAGCGAAGUUUCAAAUGAAGGGAGAGUACGACCCAGCAUUGAAACCAAAACGAAAAAAGAAAGACAAAGAUCGACAGAAGAAGAUCCAAGAGAGAUUAUUCGAUUGGAGGCCAGAUCGAUUGCCGGGUGAACCACUGAAAUGCGAGAGAGUUGUGAUAAUAAAAAAUCUUUUCUCACCGAAAGAUUUCGAUCAGGAGGUCGCUCUUCUUCUGGAGUAUCAGCAGGACAUUCGACAGGAAUGUCAAAAGUGUGGGGAUGUUAGGAAAGUUAUCAUAUAUGAUCGGCAUCCCGAAGGAGUUGCUCAGGUAACUUUUCGUGAACCUGCUGAGGCUCAAGCUUGCGUUCAAUUGUUAAAUGGACGUUGGUUUAGUCAAAGAAAAAUAUCAGCCGAAAUUUGGGAUGGCAAAACCAAGUACAAAAUUACCGAAACGGAUGCUGAGAUCGAGGCGCGAUUAGACAAAUGGGACGAGUUUUUGGAGCAAGAGGACGAAAAGGAGAAGAAAGGAGGCGGCGAAGGUGGAAGAAGCUAAGUUUGAGGUGAAGAAGGUGGAGGGAAAGGUUGACGACAACAAAAAAAUAGAAGCGAAGUCUUCGGAAUAGAGAAGCGGUGUAUAAAUGAUAUAGGAUGAUAUAUGAAAUUGCAACGAUUUUGUUCGGUCAAUUAUUUUUAGACAAGGACUCGAGCCGUCGACAAAAAAGACAUAGCGAAAUAACUUCGAUAUUUAUUUUUUGUCACUCCCCAAGAUAUCGAUCUACUUACACGGAUCGUACUACAGUAAGCAUUUCUUUCCUUUGCGUUCCAAUUCGCUUGUGAUUUCCGUCGUUUUACCAUAUCCAAGUCGUCGUGCUAUAUUAUUAUCAACGUCGUUGAGCAGAUUGUUAGCGAUUGCGGAUAAAAAAAAAACGAUGAACUUUUUCGAGCCAUAUCCUUCCUUAAAUCUUUCAUCGUCGUUGCAUCAAUAGCCGACGCAUUGCAAGUACAAAAUAUAUUAUCAUUGCAAAUCGAAUGGUGUUCGGUUUAUAUACGGUAAUAUAAAUAUUAAAGAGCGCCCAGUCUUAUAUUUAGUAUUAACAAAGUACGUAAAGCCAUUCCUUACGGAAAUACCGACGAUAUUUCUUGAUCGUAGAAAACUGCUCUGCUGAGUUACAAAGCAUUUGUUAAUACGGAGAGUGUAAAAGUGAACAAUCCUUUUCUCUCCCCACUUCUGCGCUCAGUUCACUUCUAUCCCGCACUUUAUAAAACGUCGAGGGAUAAUGUAAAGCGUUACAUUACUGACGUUCUUCGGAUUACGCGAUGCAAUUUGAUCGAAACGCGUUUCGCGUGCUUCGGCAUACGAGAAGAGAUCAUACGGAACGAACCGAAGUGACUGACCUAGGUUCGAUUCGAACGUUCGAGACGAGAAAGCGCAUUCCCCUUCUUUUUGGAAUUUUUUUCCUCUUCGUAUUUUCAGUUCAGUCAUACGAAGAGUUUUAGAUUAAUCAGCCAACAAAUCGCAUGUAUCUAUUACAUUAGUUUGAUUAUAAUUGUAUGAUAAUAUUGUUUGUCUUUAGAUAAUAUUAAUAAUAAAAUGCUCCAACGCGUCGCUCUCA